CCCAUUCUAUUUCCCACCACAACCAUAAUCAAAAUCAAAUCUCAGAAAACCUAAAAUCACAGCGAGAGAAAAAUGUCAGGAAGAGGAAAGGGAGGAAAAGGUUUGGGAAAGGGAGGAGCCAAGAGGCAUAGGAAGGUUCUUAGGGAUAACAUUCAAGGUAUUACUAAGCCUGCAAUUCGUCGUCUUGCUCGACGAGGAGGAGUAAAGAGAAUCAGCGGUCUGAUUUAUGAAGAAACUCGUGGAGUUUUGAAGAUCUUUUUGGAGAAUGUGAUUAGAGAUGCAGUUACUUACACUGAACAUGCUAGGAGGAAGACUGUUACCGCCAUGGAUGUUGUUUAUGCUCUUAAGAGGCAGGGCAGGACUCUUUAUGGUUUUGGUGGUGUAGCUGAAGAUUAUGACCUUAUGAAUAAUUGGAUAGAGAACGAAAAUUCAAAAAUGUCAGGAAGAGGUAAGGGAGGAAAGGGUCUGGGAAAGGGAGGAGCAAAGAGGCAUAGGAAGGUUCUUAGGGAUAACAUUCAAGGCAUUACUAAACCUGCAAUUCGUCGUCUUGCUCGACGAGGAGGAGUUAAGAGGAUUAGUGGCCUGAUUUAUGAGGAAACUCGUGGAGUUUUGAAGAUUUUUUUGGAGAAUGUGAUUAGAGAUGCAGUUACAUACACUGAACAUGCCAGGAGGAAGACUGUUACUGCCAUGGAUGUUGUAUAUGCUCUCAAGAGACAGGGCAGGACUCUCUAUGGUUUUGGUGGUUAGAUCUUGUUUUUUGAAUUUUUGUAAAAUCUUGUAGUAGUUAGAUAAAGAUUUUGGAUCUUAUGAUAUAUAUUGCUGAUUCGAUCGAUCGUA